AUGCCGCGCCCCCCCCGCCCGCCGUCAGGGGCGGAAGGGGCAGGGGGAGAGGUCGCGGGAGAGGGAGAGGGAGAGGGAGAGGGAGGGGGAGGGGGAGGGGGAGAGGCCGGGGGGGCAGAGGCGCGGGACGAGGCAGUCGGGGAUGAUGGCGAAGCAUCCCCGGGGGAAGAACGCGGGUCGUCGUCCGCGGACGGAAUGGACCUCGAGGAGGAGGGGGAGGAGGAGGAGGAUAGCGAUGGGGGGGCCGUGGAGGGAGAGGGCGAGGACGAGGGUAUGGACGUCGACGAAGAGGAAGGGGGAAAGGGUGACGAUGUAGAGUCGGAGGAGACCGGAGCGCAGGGGGGGGGCGCAGGGGGGGGGCUUGAUCAAGAGGUGCUCGAGGAGAUUAUCCAGAAGAUGAAGGCUGGCCACAAGGGGCAGAACCUUUACAAGGGACUUGGACACAGGAAGGGGCCGGCAGGGGGGCAGCAGGCAAGAAGAGCGCGGCGGGCAAGGAGAGAGGAGGGCGGCGGCGGGGAGGAGGGGGACUCCGGGGGACUGCUGCGGCCGUCGAUCGUGCUGGCCAAGAACCCAAACCGCGGGGGAAACCUUUGGCCGGCCAGGCUCUGCGACAGGGAUGAGGUGGAGGAGAGCUUCGCGCACUCGGACUUGAACGCGGAGGCGCAGGAGUCGGACAUUUUCCCGAUGCCGUCUGGGGAUGAAGGCCUAGGGGCGGAGGCGGGGGAAUGGCUCAUUGAUUUCUCCGCGGGAGUUAUGUGGGCUCGUCAGCUGUCCGCCCUUCAGGCUGCAGAAGAAAACAAGAAGCGGGUGACCGCCGCGCCCGCCACGCCCGCCACGCCCAGCGGCCGAGGCCCGUCGUCGUCGUCGUCCCCCUCCCCAGCCGCCCCCGCCGCCGGAGGCCGCGGCCACGGGGGCCCCGUGUCUGCUGGAACGGGGGGUGGUGGCCGGUGGCCAACCGAACCGUCGGACGCGGAAGAUGUUGACGUCGCCACCGGCGCCCCCUCCCCCUCCCCCUCCCCCAGGGCGAGGACCGGCGGGGCCCCCAAGCGGGGCAAUCGGUGGACCAGGAGGGCGACGAGGCCUUGGUCCCCCGCGGCGAGCGCGAGGGCGGGGUGGUACCCGGGUGCGCGCGGACGGGAUGGGGGGCGCGGGGGGUCUGGUGCCGAUUCGACUAGCCCGAGGAGCCGUUGCCACCCCCUCAACCGCACGGCCCACUCGUUCUUCACGGACGAGCUCGAGUGCCCGUGGCGGUGCAAGGGGUGCAGGCAGUACACGAGGAGCUGCAACUGUUCCAAGGGCAUCGCAGAGUACAUCCGGAGGCAGGGGGAGAGGGCCACAACGAGGUUCGAGAGCUUCGCCUGCCGCAACAGCCAUUGCAUCUACUGCAAGCCCCCCGGACUGCCGCUCUACAUGGCGGAGUGGGCCGUGUCUUCGGCGAGAUUCAAGCUGAAGGGCGGGCAGCCGCCGCCUACCCUAGGUCGAAUCCAAAAGCAAGCGGUUCCGCCCCGGUGGGAAAGGGAGGCCAUUCCGGACGGCCGUGCUAGCGCCGCCAGCGGGGUUUCCGCACGCGACGAGGAGGCCCGGAGCGUCAGCGGUAGUGGUCGAAGCGGCGGCGCGAACGAACCUCCCCGGGUACGAUCGACGGAGGGGGCUGUGGAAGGUUUCCACCGGAAUCCACGACAAACGGCACCACGCAGACGGCUGGGCGCCAACGAGCGCUGCAACCAGUGCACGGGAUGCCUGCUGCCCAACUGCGGAAAGUGUUGGGGCUGCCAACACCGAAUUGAGUACGGGGGGUCCGGCCAGCGUAACCAGCCCUGCGUGGACCGCUGGUGCCGCACCAAGGCUGCCCAGCGAGAGUCGGACAAGUUAGACAAGGCGGCCCGGAGAAAGAGGGCCAUGGCGGUUGGUGGCAGUGGGGUGGGCACGAAGCGCCCGCUCGAGGCGAGCGGCGAAGACUACGAGGGUGACUAUGGCGGGGGUGACGUGUUCGCCGACAAGCGCUUCCGUCGCCGCACACCCAAGGGCACAGCAGCGGCGGCGGCGGCGGCAGCGGCGGCGGGGCGGACCUCUCCGACCCCGACGGGGACGGCCGUUUCCGGCGGGGACUACAGCGGGCUUUCCUACGUCUUCGCGGGGGAGGGCAAGGGCGACGGGGGGGGGGGUCUGCCGCGGCCGAACCACGAGGCUGCGCACGUGUUGGCAGAGUCCGCGGGCAUCGUUCUCUCUGCCGUAGGAGGCGGCGUCGGCGGCGCUAGCAGCAGCAGCGGCAGCAGCAGCAGCAGAGCUCGACCUUCCAGCCGAUCUCGCCGGUCCGGCCUCAAAGACCUCCUCGGCAAGGGUUACCGCUGCCUUGCCUUGCUGGAGGAGCUGGGCGCCCGGCCUCUGCUGAGCGCCGCGGGGGAGGUUUUGCAGGAGGGGCGGGGCGGGGGAGGGGGGUUGGUUUGGUGCAAGGAGAGCGGGAGGUUGCUGCUGAAGAAGGAUGUGAGGAAACGGCUAGUGGCUGUGGACCCGUUUCAUGAGGUACCCGAGAUCGAGAUGACCACCUCCCUGGAACCGCUGGCGAAGGUCACCCCCCUCGCCGAAACCGACGGAAUCUACGGUGCCCCCCCCAACCCCUUCGCCGCCGCCGCUGCCGCCGCCGCGGCGGCGGGAGGCAAGACUACCCCCCCUCCCGCCGCCGCUCCGCCCGUCGUAGCCGGCGAGGUAACCGCUGCCAUGCCUGCCGCCGAUGGCGGAGCCGAAGCCGAAGCCGCCGUUGCAGAGGAGGCGGUGGCGGAGAGUGGGGCGGGUGUUGCGUCAUUACCAGCUGCUGCUACCGCCGCUGCCGCUGUGACCGCUGGGGCUGCUGGGGACAAGGGUGGCGCUGGCGGAGGGGAGGCCGGAGAAGGCGGCGGUGGCAAGAGGAAUCGAGAGACAACUGUUGGCGCUGCUAGUGCCUCUGGUCCCGGAUCCGGUUCUGGUGCUGCUGCUGCUGUGUCCGCCUCUGGUUCUGGUUCUGGUGGCGGUGGCGGUGGCAAAAGGAAUCGGGAGACAAGUGUUGGUUUUGCCACUGCCUCUGGUUCCGGAUCCGGUUCCGGGUCUGGUUCCGGGUCUGCGUGUGUUUCUGCUUGUGCUUCUGCUAAGUCGCCCAAGGCGGUGGUGGAAACCAAGAAGAGCAGCAGCGAGAUUGACAAGGGCGCAGCCGACGGAAAGGACGGAAAGGACGGAAAGGACGGAAAGGGCGCUGGCAAGAGUGGGGGUGGUUCUGCUAGCGCUGCCGCUGCUGCUGUCAGGAGUCCCGACUCGAAGUACCUGGGCGUGCGGAAGCAAGGGUCCCGCUGGGUGGCCUACAUCAUUCGUCCUUCGGUGGGAGGCGAGACUAACCUAGGGGUCUUCGACGAGGAGGUGGACGCCGCUAAGCAGUACGACAAGUACGCCAACACAACGGGCGGUUCGGGCAAGAAGCCUCCCACUAGAAUGACGGCGGCGGCCGGCGGCGGUGUCCGGCAAGACGGGGAAGAAGGGGACGGGAUGGACGUCGAGGAGGGGGUGGAGAAGGUCGAAGAAGACGAAGAGGCAGAGCUUCUGGACGGGGUCCUGCUGGUGCAGUACCUGUGGGCCCGGGGAAGGGGAGGGUUCGGGGGCGGCGGCGGCGGCGGCGGGGUCCCGGCCUCUCCGCCGCCGGCAUCAUCCGGAUCGGGAUCCAGGAGGCAUUCUUCUCCUUCCGCCGCCGCCCCCGCCGCCGGGAGCAACGCGCACCCCGCCGCUGGCGGCACAGAGCAACAUCACCCGAAGACUGAAGUCGGUGCCGAAGGCCGGCAGGAGGAGAGCGGCGGCGGCGGCGGCGGGGUCGCCAACAGCGACAGCGCACCGGCGGCGGCGGCGGCGGGCGUAUCCCUGACGCCGGCCGUUUCUCGAGGCCUGCGUCGGGGAUACCUCGCACAGACCCUCGCCAGAAUCGUGGGCGUAGCCGGAUUCGUUCGAGAAGCGAGAAGAGCGGGAUAUGGCGGGGACGGGACUGCCCCCGGCGGUAGCGGUAGCGGUAGCGCUAGUAGCGCUACCCCUGCUAGCCCGCCCACAGAGAGAAGUUUUCCGCAGCAGUCCGGCGGCGUUGUUGGGGCCGGGGGCGGUGAUCAGCAGCAGCCGGCGGGGGAAGGGGGUGUCGGGUGGGGCGCUGCCCAGGAGCAGGCGACGGCCGCGGUGGAGGCGCUGGGCGGCCUUGACAGGGGGGUGGAGGAGCUUUUGGAUGAGGCUGAUGAGAGGGAGCAGGUGGCGGAUCUUGCCCAGCUUGAGCUCAUCGCGAGCAAGGCCUUGUCAGCCAAGUCGGCUCAGGCGCUCAAGACCGCCCUCGUGUCGGAGAGGGAAGCCGCGGUGGCUAACAAGGCUGCCGUGUCUCAGGGGAAGGAACGACUCCAGUUGCUGAAGGAGGACCGAGAAAAGCUCAAGGCGGCCCUGUCCAACAAGGAGAGGGAAGCGGUGGCCACCUCGGGGCGACAGGAGUUCCUGCGCGAGCAGGCGGCCAUGCUGGAGGGGGUCAGGGGGGAGUGGGCGGCCCUCCGGUCGGCGUUGAGGAGGAGGGUCGGGGCCGCGAGGACGCUGCUGUUGACGGACGGCACGUGUCGGCUUCACGCCGUUCCUGAGGAUAGGCUGGAACAGCCUCGCAGAAUGGACGAAGCCUGGCGCGCUCUGCUCUUCCUGCAGAAGGUCUACCCCAACGAGACCGUCCUCAAACGUUCGGUCGACCCCGCUUGGGUGGAGAUGGUCACUCCGGAGACGAUGCUGAUGCUGGCGCACAGCCGAACUUACGUGGACCAGCUUAGGACGAGGGUAGACGAGGCCGGGUCUAGCGUGGAGUGCCUAACGGCCGUGGACGGCAGCGAGGAUGACUUGGGAGGUCUGGGCGGAGGAGACCGAGGCGGAGCGCAAGAGAGGGCCAUGGCAGUGUACGGCAGGGACACGGUGGGCAACAAGCGCUCGUGGGAGGCAGCGAUGACUGCCGCAGGCGCGGUGCUCGAAGCGGUCGACCGCGUGCUUCACGGCGAGGCCCACAACGCCUUCUGCGCGGUAAGGCCGCCGGGCCACCACGCCGGGGUGGAGCUCCACUGCAUGGGUGCCGUGUCCAACGGCUUCUGCAUCCUCAACAACGUGGCUCUCGCCGCCCUCUAUGCCCACCACUACGGGACGUGCUGUGCCUGGACCGAACACCCGGGCUUCCUUUACGCCUCCAUACACGCCUUCAACCGAGGGGAGGGUGAGAACACCUCUCAGGCGAAGAUCUUUCCGGGGACCGGCGCAGAGGGGGAGGCGCACGGGAACGUUCUGAAUCUCCCUCUGGGCGAUCAGGUGCACCCCGCGGGGUUCCACAGCGCCACCGCGAGGGUGGUGGCCGCCCUGGAAAAGUUCAAGCCAAACCUUAUCCUCUUGUCGGCUGGCUUCGAUGCUCACCAGGCGGACCCGUCUCACCUGGGCACUCUGUGCGCGAGGGAUUUCGAGGUGUUCACGAGGAGAAUGGUCACCGCCGCGGAGCGCCUGUGCGCUGGACGGAUGGUGUCGGUGCUGGAGGGGGGUUAUGCCCUGGACUGCCAGGCUACUGUCCGUCCCAAGGGCCACCUGCGACCCCCUUCUCCCAUUGGGGGCGUCGUCGGGCGGGUGGGGAGGAAGGCAAGGGGCACCGCGGCGGAGACCCUGGCGGACUGUGUGCAGGCCCACUGCAAGGGUCUGGUGGAUGGUCUGAUAGGAGCUGUCGACGACGACUAA